GAGCCCUUCACAUGUGUCACAAAGACAAGCUGGUCUAACAGGAGAGAGCCUGAGCCUGCUGGUUAGAGAGUCUCAGCUGUCACCCUGAAGACCCUGUUUAGAACAAAGCCCUGUCUGAACAGACAACUCAAGAUUUCCACUGGAGAACCAGGUACACAAGUUUCUACCAAAAGUCCAACCCGGAAUUUCCAUGUGGGUCGUAGAGAAGAUCCGAGUGUCCGUUGAAAGGACCAACCUUCCGCUUCCCAUAACGGAAUACAGCUUCCGAAUUGGAGACAUCAUGUUCGGAGACAAGUCAUCCAUGGACAAAGCCAAGAAAGUCUUGAUGUGUCCAAAUAUCAUCACCCCGGACACUAUCCCCGAGUUCUGCAUUCCCCCCAAGAUCUCAACCCCAGUGGAAAGCAAGAGUAUGGAGCAGGGGAGGCCGGCUCCGUGCAUCCGAGUGUCUCCAUGUGAGAAGGGGAGCCCAAAGAGAGAGGUCGUUCCUCGAGAGCUUCCCAAUAACCAUAUAAUUCAAGUGGAGAGUGUUGAUGAUGGGCCAUUUGACAAUGGCUGCAGUGAUGAGGAAACCACCAAUGCUGAUCCUCAAAGCCAAGCUGCACUUUCCUUGCCCCACUUAGCGAAAGCUCAAACCUGUUAUGGCUUUUGUACUUUGCUUGAAAGUCCCCACACAAGGAGAAAGGAGUCCCUCUUUCACAACGACCCUAACUCAAGUGGAAUCCCGUUGGUUCUUCCUCGGAGUAGAUCGAGCACUUGCUCCAAAUCUUCCCUGACAGCUUCCCCCAUGCUGCCAUCUUCAUCCUCUCCUUCUUCCUUUAACCUGAACACUAUUACUUCUAGACUUUCUCCAAAAGGCUUCGCCUUGCACCGCCAAGGAACUCUAGAUAGCGAUACUACUUCCUCUGCAGAGUCCUCCCCUUUCAGUUCUCCUCUCCUGAACAGAUGCCCACAAAAACCUUCUCUCCUCAAAGCACUUAAUCAUGAGAAACUUCUCUACCGCAAUCUCCGGAAGGUUGCCAUGUCUAGAAACAAUUCCCUGUCUACGGAUGAGGGUAGCUCUACGGACAACAGCCCUAAUGUUAUGAGGAGAGCAUCCGAAGGUCUUGUUGAGCCUCUCCCAUGUGGGUUUGGCUUGGCACCUCCGGCUAUCUUCCCCAUGGACUUGGUUCUGCACCGGGAGAGGGUGAUGAAGGAGAACCUGGUGCCUGUAGGAAAGGACGGGACCCUGAGGCUGUCAGCAGAGUACUGUCCUGAAAACCAGAGACUGCGUGUCCGCCUCAUAAGCGCCGAAGGCCUGUACGCUCUGUCGGUGGACCCUAAAAGCAUUAACUGCAGCGUCAGCCUUUCUCUCAUGCCUGGAAAAGUCCAGAAACAGCGGAGCACGGUUAUUAGGAAGAGUCGCAAUCCGAUCUUUAAUGAGGACUUUUUCUUUGAUGGUAUAUCAGAAGAUGAUCUCUGCCAGAGGUCGCUCCGAUUCAAAGUUGUUAACAAGAUGUCCAGCAUGAAAAGAGACUAUAUUCUGGGCAACUGUGAUCUUCCUCUUGCUAGCAUUGUGACAUUAUAAAUCUGAUUAAAUUGCUUAAUUUAUUGUGUGGGAGUGUGUGCGUGCAUGUGUUUGUAUAUAUUAUAUGAAGUGUUAUUUAUUGCCAAAUCUGUUUAUCUGCCAAAGAGUUCUUUUUUAUUAAACGACUAAAACUA